AUGCCAUUAGAGCCCCAAACGCCAUCAUUUUCUUCUUCACCAUCCCAAAGCUCCCACAAGGACUCCUGCUUUUAUUUAGCGGACAAUCUAUGGCGCCGGGGCUUGUUUUCAUCAGCUCAGAAAGUGAUUCAGAGGCUGAUUUUGCAGUCUUCAACUAUACCCGAGGCAAUCUCGGCCGCCGAUUUCGCCUUUAUGAGAGGUAUGGAUCUCGAUUUAGAUAGUUAUGGCAGUCUUAUCCGCACGCUAGUGAUUUCGGGCGAGGCCCUGUUGGCCGAGGCAUUGUACAUGGACUCUGUGGUGGGCAAAGGUCUUGAACCGGACCGCCAACUGUUGAAUUCUAUGAUUAUUUGUUACUGUAAGCUCGAAAAAUUAGAGGAAGCGAAACUUUGUUUUGAUAGGCUCGUUGGGUCGGAGGUUGUACCUUGGGUGGGUUCGUGCAAUGCUUUAAUGAAAGGCCUUGUUUUGAAAGAUAGAAUCCUGGAGGCUUAUGACUGUUUCUGUGAAAUCAGUAAGGCCAAUGAUACCGUGCUCAAUUUUGCGUGUUAUAAUAGGCUGGUUGAAGGAUUGUGUAGACGGGGGUUUUUAGACGAGGGGCUUCAUGUCUUCGAUGACAUGGUGGAAAAAGGCGUCCCACUUACUGCAAAUAUCUGCAAAUCACUGCUCAUUGGCUUCUGCAAAUGCGGCCGUGCUGUGGAGGCCGAGAUUUUGUGUACUGAAAUUGAGUCUCAUGGUUUUGAGGUUGAUAAAUUUAUGUACACGUACCUGAUUAAUGCUUAUUGCAAAGGGAGAAAAAUGAAGAUGUCCAUGAGGUUGUUUAUGAGGAUGCUGAAAAUGGGUUUCGAGCCGGAUUACUACGUGUAUAACACGUUGAUACACGGCUUUAUUAACAUGGGUUUGUUCUCCGAGAGCAUGGUGCUGCUUAAUAUGAUGGUGGAUUCUGGUUUGAAGCCUAAUUCAGUGACUUAUCAGCUUUUUCUCCAUAAGUACUGCAAAGACAAUAGAGUUGAUUGCGCAUUAAAGCUUAUGGAUGACAUGAUCGAACACGAUAUUGCUCCCAAUGUGCACUGCUACACGGCAUUACUUGGUGCACUCUGUAAGGAACAGAAGGUGGAGGAAGUGUAUGGGUUAUACCACAAGAUGCUCGAUAGCAGGGUUGUCCCUGACCACGUGCUUUUCUUCACCCUCGCCAAAAACCACCCGCCAGGUGAUGAGUUGUACUUUGCUCUGACCGUUUUGCAAGCUAUUGCCAAAGAAUCUUGUAGUAUCGAUGUCUCGACCUUUUGUUCUUCGAGACCUGAAUCCGCGAGAGAUGCAAUGGUGGAAAUCGAGCUUCUUCUUGACGAGAUAGCAAAAAGUGGCUCUGUUUCAGCAGAUGUGGCAUUUAGUAUUUAUGUUAUAGCCCUGUGUAUGUGUGGGGAAAUCGAAUCUGCUCUGGAUUGUAUGGAAAAGAUGGAUAGUCUUAAUCUGGUGCCUUUUCGCACUGCUUUUAAUUCCUUGAUAAAGUUGCUUAUUGAGCAGGGUUUAGCUGAGACUGCAGAAUCUCUACUUGAGGUUAUGCGGGAUAAUGGGAUGAUUCCUAAUCAGUUAACUUUCUCGGUUAUAGCAAACGCUCUCUGUAGAAAGAGCGAUUUCUCGUCUGCUAUUGAUGUUUUGGAUCAGAUUGAAGAAAGGGGAAUCAAACCGAGCGUUGCUAUUUAUAAUUCGAUAGUCUGCUGUUUAGGCAAACAGGGGAUGGUUCGUGAUGCUGAGAAUUUAUUCUAUAGAAUGCUCAAGUUUGGUGUGGAUCCUGAUCAAACAAUUUUUGUCACGAUGAUUAAUGCCUAUUCGAGAAAUGGGUGGGCAUAUGAAGCCCGGAGGUUGUUUGAGAGGAUGAGGGAUUAUAAUCUUAGACCUAACUCUCAUGCUUAUACGGCUCUUAUACCUGCGCUAAUUAAGAAAAACAUGAUCAAGAAAGGUUGCUUGUACGUCGACAGAAUGCUUAGAGAUGGUUUCAUGCCGAAUGGUGCUCUCUAUACCUCACUCAUUAAACAGUUCCUGAGGAAGAGAGAAUUUGACUUUGCUUUCAGGUUGUUUUGUUUGAUGAAUAAAAGUGGGCUCGAGCAAGACCUGGUCACAUAUAUCACAUUGAUAUGUGGCGUUUGCAGGAAUAUUCGUGAGUACACUGGAAGUGGCUACCUGCUUUAUAAUAAGAGAUCGAACUAUAGGAACGAAAUCUUGUUCAGUUUGUUACGUCAAACAGCUGUUUUGCCUGAUGGAAAUGGUUUGAGAAUCUCGAUCAAUUCUGAAGCCGAGAUGAAAUAUUUCGUCAUUGAUCUGAUCCAGAGAAUAGAAAAGGUCUUGCUCACGCCAGAUUUGUACAUGUAUAACGGAAUAAUUUCUGGGUUUCGUUGGGCCCACUGCAUGCCGGAAGCCUACAAGCAUCUCGAUCGGAUGUUACAAGAAGGAUUGCACCCUAAUCAUGUGACUUUCAGUAUUCUCAUUGACGGGCAUAUUCAGAAUGGCGAAAUUAAUUGCGCCGUGAGAUUAUUCAAUAAAAUGAAUGCGAACGGUAUUGCUCCUGACCGAAUGCUGUUCAACAAUUUAAUCAGAGGAUUUUGCAGCGCUAGGAGGCUACUGGAUGCAUUAUCUGUCACUCAUAUGAUGCAGAAAAGAGGGUUUUCGCCUUCGGAAUCUUCUUAUGAAAAGCUUCUCCGUGUUUUUUGUGCUCGCGGGUCGAGUGUUGAUGCGCUGAGGAUAUAUGAAGACAUGAUUUCUCAUAAGUAUUUUCCCUGCCGGUAUAAUGCUAUUUGGCUGAGUUCCAUAUUAUGCAAAGAUAACAAAUUGGAUGAAGCUCGAGCUGUGAGUGACAUGCUGUCAUCAAAUAAUAGAAGAAACUAUAAACUGUUGAACAGAAGAAACUAUAAGAAGAAAGCAGUGGCAUAUUUAGAGCAUUCGGGCACAAAUGUGAACCGUUUUGUGGGUCAGGGGAGAAAGUUUGUUAAAGAUUGUUUUGUUUGUAAAAAUGAUGCAUAUGCUGCUGUUACCAACCCGGCCAAGUAUUUCCCAAGUCUGAAACAAGUGGGAACAAGCUGCUUCCAGGUCAAUGGUGCCAAGACCUGGCCGGAGGCAAUGACAAAUGCGGUCAAGGGCGUUAUUGGAAUAGCCAAAAGUGCCAAACCCUUGGUGGUUGAUGGCGUUGAGUCAAAGUUGCCGCUGGCACUAAAUCUUCAGGCGAAGGAGUCAAUAACCUCCGGCUGCCGGGACUUGUUUUUGACAUACGUGAAUAUCUUAGAGAAAUGCAUUGAAUUUGUAAAGCACGACCCAUUUUCCUCCCUGGAGACAUAUCUUUCUGGAAACACAUUCUUCGACUGCAACGAUGGGCUCGACGAGUUUCAGGUCUGUAUUCCGGAGGUCAAUAAUUUCUACCACCGGACGAUCAAGUUGUCAAACAUCCUCCUCUCCAUUUACCAGACGAAGCCGAAAAAGAUCUAACGUUAGUUUUCUUUUGUUGUUCGGUCUUCUAAAUGCUACUUUAUUACGACAUAUGUGUAUAUAUGUAUGCGAAUGAACGGGUGGCUUCUCUCCCAGAUGUCCGUCCCUCAGGGGGGUUUAGUGUAUAUGUUCAUGGUGCGGCUGAGAGAGAGUUAAUUAUCA